CCGCAUGCCGGGCGCUGCCCGCCGCCCCGCGCCGCUCCCCUCUAUGCGGCCGUAGGGCGGCACGGCUCACCAUGUCGAUGCUCCCGACUUUUGGCUUCACCCAGGAGCAAGUGGCCUGCGUCUGCGAGGUGCUCCAGCCAGGCGGCAACAUCGAGCCCCCCCCCCCCCCCCCCCCCCCCCCGGGGCGGUUCCUCUGGUCCCUCCCUGCCUGCGAGCACCUCCACAAGAACGAGAGCGUCCUGAAGGCCAAGGCGGUGGUGGCCUUCCACCGGGGCAACUUCCGCGAGCUCUACAAGAUCCUGGAGAGCCACCAGUUCUCGGCGCACAACCACCCCAAGCUGCAGCAGCUCUGGCUGAAGGCGCACUACAUCGAGGCGGAGAAGCUGCGGGGGCGACCCCUAGGGGCGGUGGGCAAGUACCGGGUGCGCCGCAAGUUCCCGCUGCCCCGCUCCAUCUGGGACGGCGAGGAGACCAGCUACUGCUUCAAGGAGAAAAGCCGCAGCGUGCUCCGAGAGUGGUACGCCCACAACCCCUACCCGUCCCCCCGUGAGAAGCGGGAGCUGGCCGAGGCCACCGGCCUCACCACCACCCAGGUCAGCAACUGGUUCAAGAACCGCCGGCAGCGGGACCGCGCCGCCGAGGCCAAGGAAAGGGAAAACAACGAGAAUUCCAACUCCAACAGCCACAACCCGCUCUCGGCGUCAAUGAACGGGAAUAAGACAGUUUUGGGGAGCUCAGAGGACGAGAAGACGCCGUCAGGAACCCCGGAUCACACCUCCUCCAGCCCCGCGCUGCUGCUCAGCUCCAAUCCCGGGCUGCAGCCCCUGCACGGCCUGGGCCACCCCCAGGGCCCCAGCGCCAUCCCCGUGCCCAGCGCCGACCCCAUGCACCACCACAGCUUGCAGGACUCCAUUCUCAACCCCAUGUCAUCUAACUUGGUCGAUCUGGGCUCUUAAAACCGUGUACACGCUCCCUCCUUCGCGCCAGCCCUCCUUUACUCAAUUUUUUCCUUUUU